CUUUCAACUGGCAGCGCUGAGCAGACCUAUAAGAUCCAGUCUACUGUAUGCACACAUGCACGCUCGUUUGGCUGCAGGCAGGUUGACACAGUUUCCCUGCCUCAUGCAGCUGUAGCGGGGUGCUCGGAGCCUGUAGAGCCAGCAGGUGGUACCCUACCGUCGGCUGUGUCCUGACUGCUGAACGCGAGCAGACGGCUGGAUGAAGAGCAGAGAGCUCUGACCACCGGGACGAGGUUGGCAAGAGAAAAGCGCUGCUGCUGCUGCUUCUUCUUCUCUGGACGUAGAUGGACACACGCCGGACCGCUGUCACUUCACUCACCGAGGUCAGCAGCUCUGCCUCAUCCAGGUUUUGACUCUCCGGGCUCCGCAGAGGUUAUCUGUGGACUCCGGUGGCCCGGACAGGACGGUACGGACACUCUGCGCGGCUGCAUUAGGCUGUGCGUGGCGCCUUGCGGUUAAACCCCCUCCCCUCCCCCCUGGAGAAUAAAGCAGGAGUAAAGCAUCUGGUAGCUCAGACUGGAAAAAAAAAAGAAGAGACCAGGACAGCAACGGCAGCUUCAGCGUGGAAUAAUUGUUGGAUACACCACAGACUCUCCGUGGGUUUAUACCGACAUGGGAAAAGAAGCCUCGGUCACCUUGUAAGAUGUUUCCUCACCACAGAGAAAGGGAGCAGCCAAUCUUCAGCGCCCGGGCCCAUGUUUUCCAGAUCGACCCGACAACCAAGAGGAACUGGAUUCCCGCCAGCAAACAUGCUGUCACCGUGUCCUUCUUCUACGACGCCAACCGUAAUGUGUACCGCAUCAUUAGUGUUGGGGGGACCAAGGCGAUCAUCAACUGCACCAUCACACCCAGCAUGACAUUUACCAAGACGUCACAGAAGUUUGGUCAGUGGGCCGACAGCAGGGCCAACACUGUGUAUGGUCUUGGUUUUGCUACAGAGCAGCAGCUGCAUCAGUUUGCAGAUAAGUUUAAGGAGGUGAAAGAUGCAGCUCGUCUGGCACGAGAAAAGUCGCAGGAUAAAGAACUGGCCAACACUGCACUUACCAUCGCUGCUCCUCAGUUCUCACAGGACCUCUCGGAUGAACUCCAGUCUCCACCGGUGAUGUGUGUGAAUGGGCCUGAAGACAAGCUGUUCCGCAGCCAGAGCGCGGACAUUACCCUGUCUUCUGAGAAGGAGCGCAUUAAAAAGAUGCUUUCUGAAGGUUCUGUGUCUUUCAGGUCUAUUUGUGAGAUGAACCUGGAAGCCGAGCUUUUUACUCUGCAGGACAGCAACUCCAAAUUGGUAGCAGCGCUGCACGAGGCUAAUGCAAAUGUGGAGCAGUGGAAGAAACAGCUGGCAGCGUAUCAGGAGGAGACAGACAGACUCAGAGACCAGGUGGCUGAAUUAGAAGCCCAUGGAGGCCAAGGCCCCAGUGAUCUGCUGAAGGAUGAGCUGACCCAGUCCCUUGAGGAGCUAGAGUCCCUGCUGAAGGCCAAAGAUGAGGAAAUCCACAUUUUGCAAAGCAAGAAAGCAGAGUACCACGAGAUGGAGCACGAGAGGGAUGAGGCCAUCCACAGAUUACGGGAGAUUGAGAUGCGUAAUUCAGAUCUGGAGCGACGCAUCCAGAACUCAGAGCAGAACCUGAAUAACUCUCUGGAGGAACGGGAUCGCAUGGACUCUGAAAUCCAGAGGGCCAUCGAAAUUCUGGACAUCAAGAUCUUUGACCUUAAUGACCUUCGCCAGAGCCUGGUUAAACUCAUCGACAAAUAAGAGGGGAAUGGAACAGAUGUGACAUUUUGUCGCGGCAAGUGCAGCAAGGUGGAGUGAACAAAACAAGAUGGAGCUGGUCCCUGUCUUCUUCAAACACAAGAACCACCUCGGCCGCAGUGAGGUUGCUCCAUGUCUGUGUUUGCAGCAGUGGCUGUGCUGUACUCAACAAUAUUCUGUAGGUGUUGGCCCUAAGCAGCACCAUACACGCGGUUUCACUUGUCCAGUGUAAUGUAACGCUUCAUGUGGCUUUCAAGGGUAACAUUCAAUGCAAUAAACCAACCUUAAGGUAAGUGCUUCACAGUGCUAGAGAUUUAGUAUUGAGAAUUGGUGCUUGUAGUUUUUCAUAAGUAUGAACAAACUGGCGAUGCAGUGUCAAAAUGAUAAGAGGCCUUGUUUUGUUUUGUUUUGUUUUUUCAACUGACAGGUGAUAAUUCUUUACAACAAAGGGAGUCCAUGCAAACAGGGAAAGGGGCAGUGUAUUCAGUGGACAGUGAAUGUAAAUAAAAAAGUGCACAAGACAAAAUUACUUUUAAGAGAUUAGCCUAUUUAACAGCCCGCAUACAACAUCAUUAUUAUUGAAUUACCAGUUAAAGUUUUACAUGCACAGAUGUAAGUGCGUAUGGUCUCGUAGUUACCCACACAUAAUGUAGCAGCUGUAAAGUGUAAAGUGAAGGACAGAGUGUUUCUAGUUGGUGCUUUUCCACAGGAAUAAGCAAUGACAUAUAUUCAAGGUCAGUAAAACAGUAUGCUAAUAGAGUUUUAUAUUUGUUUAAGGCAUGAACACACUACUUCACCUUAAACAUUAGAUCUGAAUAUUGACACCAAAGAUCAAAUGUUAAGUCAUUGAUAAGGUCUGUCAGCAGCUUGUCUAUUAUCACAUCUUCACUUGAGCUCGUACGAAACCUUUAAAUCUAAGAUAAGUUAACGUAAUCCAUAAGUACAUUUUAUUAGAUAAGAUACAUUAAUUGAUUACAUUUAGGAUGAAUAAGUAUUUUCCACAUGAUAUAAAUCAAUAAUGCUACAGUCAUUAAGUAAACAAUAGAAAUUUAAGUUGUCAGUAUUACAGAUAAGUUUAACUGGCGUUUCCCAGUCUUAAUAAUCGCCUUGCGCAACAUCUCUUAACAAACCACUGACUUAGUAACUUAUUGAUGAUAGAUGCAUUCAAGGAAAUGAGAAACAUUUUCUGCCUUCUGUCAUUUUUCAGCACGUUACCUUUAGCUGUGGACGAUAUGCCAUACGCCUUCACAGAGUCUUUUAUCACACAGACUGUAUUGUUCAACAUAGUCUAUAAUGCUGUGUUUGUUUUCUUUUUUCAAGCCUUAUUGUUCUAUUUUAAGGAUGGUUGUUGAUAAAUCAUGCCAGGUACAUGUCUCAGACUUUGAGCUGACAUGACGGUUUGGGAAUAAAAGCAAAGGAUACAGUCACUAAUGCUA